UCAAGAGACAAGCGUCAGGAGAAAUUACCUGAGAAAGACUCAAUAAAGCCAGAUAAAAUGAAUUACAAACAUGAAGCGGAAGAACAAAUACAAGAUGGCACAAAUAUAAAGAUAAUUCAAGAUAUAACAAUACGGCCCACCAGCAAGACAGCAGUUCAAGAAAAAGAUGCCACUACAGAAAAAAACAAAUCAGACACUGCGAAAAUAGCUAAACCAAUAGGACGAAUAAAUAAUAAGCAAGCUCAGAAAAAAAAUAGUUUACUUCCUCAGCCGAACCCGAAUAUUUUAAGAAAGAACACAAAUAAUGUUACACCUCCCGUGAAAAGAAAGAAUAAUAUUUCCAAAAUAGACGCUAUUAACAAAAAAGUUGAAUCAUCUUCCUUGCAAAGUACAAAAACUAACCCAAUUACAAAAACAAUGGAAAGUAAGUCGAAAAGAGACAUAGCCGGCGCCAUUACAAUUUUUGAAAAUAAUCGAGAAAAUACUGAUUCUCCUGAAGCAUAUGAUUUAUUGAAAAAUAUUUAUAGAGGUGGUGGGCCUUAUAACAGAUCAACAAAACAAUUAUUAGCAGUUGAUUCUGUGCUUAUACAGAAGAAUAUACUACUUCAGAUUUCUCAGGAAAAAUACCCGCCUGAAUCCAGGUGUACAAUGCCAGAGAAGACUAAAUCUAAAAUAAAUCUGUUAUCAAACAGUGUACCUGAUCAAGAUGCAAAACUUGUCCCCGAAUUACUUAGCAGUCCACCCUUGCGCGAGAGUCCGUUGACUGAUUAUUCUAAAGAUAGUGAUAGAACUCAGCUCAAAAGGACUAAACUAACAGAAGUGCCUAAUGGCUCCCAAAAAAAUAUUUUAAUUUUCGGUAAUCAAACCGGCGACAAUAACUUCACCAUAUACGUUAAACAGAGCGAUGUAAGAAAUUUAAAUCUUAACAUAGAAGUCAAAAAUGUAUCCGACUCUAUGAUUGAAGCAAGUCAUAAUCAUUGUGAAAAACCAACGACAUCGGUCGUAAAAACUCCCGAGUCCGACUUCCAAGACUGUUCUAAGAACCGAGCUGAAGCCAAAAUCUAUCACGAAACACCAACUCUCACCGAGCCAUGCCGUGCGCCACUCUCCUAUGUGCCAUUACAACCAAAAGCCAACGGCCAAGAAGGAGUUUGUCGAUGUAAUUGCUGUUCGUGGUCCGGAACAGAGGGUGCAGCACCCAUUUAUGUUGACAAUAAUAACUACUUUAUAUUGGUGCCCUCAGAAGAUAUAAACAAGCAAUUAUUAAGCUGCGCUUGCGCUUGCAAUAUGGAAACUAACCAAGAAACCAAUCGUGAGAUGCCCGAUUGCGACGAGUUACCCAAUGUUAAAAACCAUAUUACUGGUAAACUAGACGGCACUAAAAGUUCACCAACAGAUACAAGCGACUUAAAAAAACAUUUCGAAAGCAGUAAAGGUGAAGAUUUGGAUAAAUGUGACUGCUGUGACUGUGGGCAAAGUUUGUAUCUCGAGGUCCCUGUCGGUGACAAAGAACAAGCCACUUGUCGUGACUGUGUUACCAAACAACACGCACUCGUCAAUAAGAAUGACACAAAACUCAAAGAAGCCUCCACACAAACUGACUGGAGUGGUAUAGUGCUGGAAGUCCGACCUCUAGAAAACGGGAGCUACGAAUUCCACAUACCAUCGUUAAAAGUUCUCAAAAUGGCUGACUCUUUAUACUAAAGAGGACUUCAAAUCAAACCGCUGUGAUAAAUUUACAUAUAUUAAAUAUUAAUU